UCUAACAUGGAGCUCGCCCGUACCUGGGCGGCUGUCCCGCCCAACCCCAACCAGCCGGCGUACCUGAAACUGGAUCAUGAAGAUGAGGUGAUCUACAACGCAGGUCGCUCUGUGAAAGCUGGCACGUUUGUGGCAUUGGUGGAACAACUCACGCGCCACGACCGGCUCGAUAUCCUCUACAACGAGACUUUUCUCCUCACGUACCCGACCUUCACCUGCGCGGCCGAACUCGUGGAACACCUCCUCCAGCGCCUCGACCUGCCCAUCCCCCCAGACCUCAACGACGACGAAUACGAAGACUGGCUUCAAGAGAAACAAGACCCCAUCCGGAUUCGCACCGUGAACAUCCUCAAAGCCUGGAUCGAGCGCUACUGGGUCGAGCCCCCCACCGAAGCAACAAUGGACCUGCUCCGCUACAUCGAAUCCACCGUCCGAGCCGCCGCAGGACCAGAGGGUCUCCCGACCUGCGCGUCUCUCCUGACCAUCAUUGAACACCGUCUGAGCGGUCGGGACAUCCUCCGUCGCCUCGUCUCCCCAAUCGACCCCACCAUCCCCAAGUCUAUACUCCCGCGGAACAUGAAGAAGCUCAAGUUUCAGUUUCUGGACCUCGACGCCACGGAGAUCGCCCGCCAGCUGACCAUCAUCGAGUCGCAGUUCUACGCGCGUAUCAAAUCCUCAGAGUGUCUCAACAAGGACUGGCACAAGAAGGAGAUCCACGUUCCCAACCGCAUACACAACCACCCCAACUACAGCGGCGUCAACGCGAUGAUCGCGCACUCCAACCAGAUUGCCAACUGGGUGGCCGAGUCAAUACUGUCGCAGGACGAGACGAAGAAGCGGGUGGCCUUGAUUAAGCACUUUGUUAGCAUUGCAGAUAACUGCAACACACUCAACAACUUCGCAACCCUUCUCUCCAUAAUCUCCGGCCUGGGUGUAUCCCCAGUCUUCCGCCUCCAACGCACCUGGGCACAAGUGCACAUCCGAAUCCGCACGCAGCUCGAAACAAUGCGCACGAUGAUGUGCACAGAGAGGAACUUCACCCGGUACCGUGAACGACUACGCAUCGCACAGCCUCCUUGUGUGCCUUUUCUCGGAAUCCACCUCACGGACCUAACCUUCAUAACAGACGGCAACCCCGACCACACGCCCGCAUCAUCGUCAAUGAUAAACUUCCAGAAACGCGCUCUGCUCGCCAGGAUCCUGCACGAGAUGCGCGGGUACCAGAGCAUGCCGUACAAUCUGCGGCCGGUGGGCGAGAUCCAGGAUUUCCUGAUCGCUGAGAUCCACAAGGCGGGGGAGAUGGGCGAGAUGGGGAUGUAUGAGCGGAGUUUGGUGGUGGAGCCUCGGGAGGGGGGGGAGGAUAAUGGUGAUGCGGGUGGGCAGAAGGGCCAGGGGGUGUUUGCGGCGACGGGGAGUCAUUUGGGUUCGGUGGUUAUUGCUAGUAUGGCGAUGAGGGGGAGGAAUUAG